AUCGCGAGAUGAGAUGAGCUUAUCCGCGAGGCGCAGGCUCGUCCGCGCCCUCUCAUCUGUUGCGAACGCUGCCAUGUUUACUAGAACGAUAGUGACGUACCGUACGCAACGAAUAACCUCAAUCCCACCAAUACAUGAGAAACCCUCAAAAUAAAUCGAGAUAUUUAAUUUUCAAUUAUCAGUCGACAACGAAUAUUAUUUACGUCUAAAACUCAUCGUUUGAUAUCUAAUAGCAAUAUUUUUAUUGUGGUUUUUAUAUAGUUCUUGCUUUGUGUUAUGAUAAAUAUUUUUAUGGUAAAUUAGUGGAGUGAUUUGUGAAAAACUAUAAAAAAGACAAUUCUGAAGUGCGAACGAUAUUAUCGUAAUUGACUUUGAUCAAAAUCUAAACAUAACCUAUGUUUAAAAUGAAACUAAAAUUAAUUUAAUAUGAAACACCAAUUUUUUUAAAGUUUAUUAUUAAGGGGUUUACGUAUAAAAAAUAUUAACUGUAAAAGACACAAACUUCAAUAAACUUUUAACUCAAUUUAUUUACAAAAUACCUUUGGAAUGAUGAGCCAUCUCCGUUGUAUGACAACAACCAUUACCACGAGGAAUGUCUUCGCUGCAACUCCUGCGGGCUGAAUCUUACCGGACCCAAUCAGAAACGCGCGCGCCGCUUCAAGAACCAGAUCCUGUGCGACCUGCAUUUCGCGGACGUUGCGCUGAUGGAGUGCAGCGAUUUCAUGCAGCAGCUCCGCAGUUUCAAACCGCAGUCGCUGGGCUGCGCUGUAGCAAGGCGCAAGUCCUCCACGACACUGAUAUUCCCACUGCCACCACAAGCUUGUUCAGAUGAAUUCUGUGAAGAGUACCCACACAGUCUGAUACCAACGCCUGGCUACUGGAUCGAAUGCUCACGGCAGAAAAUCGCCACAGACACCAUCUGGGAUGAGUCAGAGUCCGAACACGACAGCGGACCAGAUCGAGAAGACAACGAUCGCCAUCGGAGAUCAGGGUCUUUGGACGAAGCAGCAGAAGACAGCAGUGAUAAUGGUGGUAGCACACCAAAGAAGAAAACCGCCAUAGAGGAGCAGUGGGAACGAUCUGGGGGGUUCGAGCUAACCUCAGUGGAACAGGAGACGUACGAGAAGUACUUCUACGGAACAGAACACUGGAACUAUUUCACCAACGAUGAAGAUCUGGGACCUGUAAUAUUGUCAAUCAAACAGGAAACUUUAAAUGCAAGAGAUCAGUUUCGGUAUGUAUUUUUUAAGCUUGAUAGAUAUCUAUCUUUAAAAAAAAUAUAUAUAAUAAGUAGGUCCUAUUAGUGCAACAUUCUGACGCUAGAUUGCACCAUUAGUACAUAAAAUUAACACAAUGAUAUAAAUGUUAAAUAAACAAAUGUCAUCACAGGGUAUUGAGCAAAAAGUGAAGUGAAAAUGAGCAUUCGCAUAGCGGGUUUUUUUUAUUUUAUAUUUAGAAAGAGUGUAAUUUCAUCAUUGGUGCAUGUUUGGAUGUUAUUUAUUUCCAAAAGACGAAAUGCUCGAAAAAGUUUGUUUGUUUAAUGUAUGUGCAGCCAUCUACGCCGAGCUUUGCGUAAUAUCACAUAUUUUAUAACACCGGAAAGAUUUAAUUGUUUGUCUGUUUGCAUCGAACAAUUCCUUCACCGACGAUAAGCUACAACAUAUGAGAGCGACGUAGGCUAUUAUUUACGCAGACGACGACGCGUUAAAACUGCUACCAUUUUAUAACUACAUACAUGGGUAAAAUAACUUCUAAACUUUGAUGUAAAUACUACAUUUUGAUUUAAAACAUACCGUAGAACUCGCCGGUACAAACUAUACAGACCAGUAGCUCAAUCCAGGAGCUCAAAAAAGUGCCAUCGCGCAUUUUAUCAUUAUAUUUUUCUGCAAUUUUGGGUUUGGUUAAAAAGUAAACACAAUUUACAAAAAGCGAAGCCGUUACGAACUAUAUCAAUAACUGUUAAGUACCAUUCAAUAAGUUAAAAUUAUUAAUAUUGUUGGUAUGCUCGACAAAAUGAGAAUAAUUUAUAUAUUUGAUAAUCACUUUUAUUAUUUGUUAAACAAAAUCAACUUACGAUAAGACAUCUUUCUAGAACGCAGUAA